AUGGCCGGACUCAAGCAAAUCGUUUUCGCGGCUUCGCUGCUGACCUCUUUGGUUGCGGCUGUCCCAAUGCCCGACAAACGCGCCAUCUACACCAACACCGUGACCGAGAUCGCAUGGGUGACUGUCGAAGAAACCACCACCAUCUGGGUUGACCCAUCGGAUCCCACUCCGGCUCCCGCUCCUCCUGCCAGCACUACCAGCAGUGUCCCAGCCGCUGUUUUCGCUGCAGCAACUUACACUCCAUCGACCCUCGCAACUGCUGCUGUCGUGCCCGUGGAGGCUCCGUCGUCGUCAUCGUUGUCGUCGUCUGCUGCCGCUCCUGCUGCCUCCCCAGCUACUUCUGCUCCGGCUGAGGUACCCGCCCCGGCCCCGGCUCCGGCUGCGCCAUCGCCACCUCCUGCAGCUCCAACCUCUUCUGCAGCCCCGUCCACGAUCAAUGUUCAACCUAAGGACACUGUCGGCACCGACGGUACCUGCGAGGGUUCGGGAGAUGCAUGCCAGGGUGAUGUGACCCAUUGGGAUGGAGGCCUGGGUGCAUGUGGAUGGAACGUCGACACCAGCACCGAUCUCCAAAUUGCCCUCCCUUUCGCCUUCAUGGGAACCCAGUCCAAUGGCAACCCAUACUGUGGUCGCUCCGUCACCUUGCUCAACCCCACCUCGGGCACCACUGUCCAGGCCACUGUGGGUGACAAGUGCAUGGGCUGCGUCGACAGAGCCAUCGACUGCACCGAUGCCUUGUUCAAUGCCAUUACCGACGGUCAGGGUGAUGGUCGCAUGUCCGGUAUCCAAUGGUGGUUGAACUAG